GUUUGUAUUAUUCACUGUAGUCUCCAGACGAGCAGCGUAGAAGUAUUGAGCAAAGGGGAACCCAAACCCUGGGUGAAUUAUCACGCGUCUUCGUCGAGUAUUCCAAACGUAAAAAAUCUAGAUCGACCCUAAAGCGUACGCGUGUCUCAGAUAACUUGUUAUUAUCUUGCCUUCUCAUUAUUCGCUGGCAACGGACGCGACUUGCUCCAUGGUUCCGGACCUGACCGUCGGUAAUACGCCCAAGGAAAACACGUCGUUUCCAAGUCACUUGCGUAGAGACUAGCGCAUAGAAGCCGGUCAUUGUGCGUUUGAGGUGCAAGACGAUAAAAAUGUGUCGGGUUCCUGAGUAGUCGAGAGUACCCCUUUACGACGCCGAUGACUACAGCCGCUCUGAGUGAGCUCACUUCCGCCAACACAGCCACUUCCGUUAUCCUUAUAGAGUCCGCAACAACGACCAUGGCCAGGAUCAUCAACCGCGAGUUCAUCCCCUACCCAAGCCUCCGUAUUCGUGCCAUAUGUGUUCACUGUACGCGAUACUUUGCUAUCUGUCCCUGCGAUGUUAAUGGGUUAAACGCCGAUCCCUGUCAUGAUUUCAGGCUCGUCUUCACCGACGGUGCCUGCUCCAACAAUGGCCGGCCCAAUGCGACCUCAGGUAUGGGCAUUGCCAUGGGAGCUGCGUCAGAGUAUCGAUGGAGUAUCCCAAUUGACGAUUCCAUCGAUUGGGGCAAGUCCAGGACGAGUCAACGAGCAGAGCUGCUGGCCGCCAUUCAUGGCCUGAGGAAUAUCAACGAGGUGGAGAGGAAUAAUGUUGAAAACAUUAGAAAGCAUGCCAGUACUGCCUACAAGACUCACCUCAACGUCAACUCCCUGGGGAUGUAUGUAUUCGUUCCCAAAUACAUCGUCGUCACGGACUCCCGCUACGUAGUUGAUGGUAUGACGAAAUGGCUGCCAGAGUGGAAGAGAAACUCGUGGCAAACUUCCCAAGGGGUGGAGCCUACAAACAUUGAUCUUUUCGCCGAGUUGGAUGAUCUUGUUAUGCACUAUGAGAUGAUGGGAAUUCAAGUGGGGUUCUGGAAGAUCGGACGAGAGGAUAAUUACGAAGCAGAUUCGCUCGCGAAAUCUGCAGCGCGCGCUGCACGACUUCCUAUCUCCCGCUAGUCAGGAUUUUGGAAAUAG